AUGAUAAUCCACGACCUCGACGACCUGACCGAGACCAACGUGCUCUCCAUCUUCGUGCAGGAGCUGUUCGUCCACCCGGACUACAAGGCGGACGGCGGGGAUACGGUGGGGGUGGUCCACCCGGACUACAAGGCGGACGGGCGGGAUACGGAGGAACACGACAUCGCCCUCUCUACCUGGGGGAACUCUGAACUCGGCGUCGGAGUACAACCGAUCUGUAUCUCGACGCCGGACGACUUCGCGGUGGGUCAGGAGGUGGUCAUCGUCGGCUGGGGCCUCACGGACUUCGCCAACAAGUCCUCCUCCAGUAACCUUCUGCGGGAGGUCACCGUCACCACCAUCGACCUCGACCAGUGCAUCACCCUCUACCAGAACGCGGCGCAGAGACAGUUCGUCAACGAAAACAUGAUCUGUACACUGACCGCUGGCAAGGAUGCAUGCAGUGGCGACAGCGGAGGACCUGUCAUAGCCCAGGUCGACGGCGUGUGGGUCCUGCUCGGCAUCGUCAGCUUCGGGAACGGGUGCGCUGACAUCACGGCCCCCGGAGUGCACACCAACGUCGCCAACUAUGUGGACUGGAUGAUCGAGUCAAUCGGUGGAUCUUUCUGUUAGGCACGGCGGGGUCCCGGACGGCUCAGAAUGGGGGUCACUUUCUGUUAGGAAUUUGGAACGGCGGGGUCCUCGUCGGCUUAGAAUCGGGGUCACUUUCUGUUGGUCUGCUUGGAAUGGGGUUCCUUUGUUAGUUCCGAAAGGGGGGAGGAUUCCUGUUCAUCAGUUCAAAAUAAGGGGUUUCUCGUUAGUCCAUUCGUAACGACAGUGCUUCCUGUUAGACAGCUCAUAACGGGGUAUUUUUCCUGUUUGUUCAUAACAGGGGUGACCUCUGUUAGUCAGCCGAUCCUGAACUUUUGUGUGUGAAGGGACUCUACUGAAGUUAUUCAAGCUCAGAAACUGGAACAUAUAUAUAUAAGUUAUCUGAUGAAAAACAUUCAACGAAAUCGCUAAGCAGACUACUUUCAAGCCUUUGUAACUCGAAAUUCACUGUAUUCUAAAUUCUUUGCAAUAAAGAUAUUCGCAUUUC